AUGAAACAAGACCCCAGGCAGAGCGCCAGCGUGCGCCUGGGACUCCGCAAAGCUCUGGAGCUGCGGGUUCCCUUCCCCAGCAAAGGACAGGUGUUCCAGGAGCCUCCAGCUCUUCUGAGCAACAUCCACGGAGCCAUACAGGAGCUGUUGGGUUAUAGCCUGUGCUCAGCCGGCGGUGCAGAAGCAGGUGUGGGAGUGGGGGCACCACCCUCAGCCCCCGGGAAACCUGGAGGAGCCGCCCUGUCUUCCUGCCGCUGCACCCCCGGAGGAGAGCAAGGCACCGCAUCACCCAUGUUCGAUGGCAAAGUCCCGCACUGGUACCACUUCUCCUGCUUCUGGAAGGUCGGCCACUCCAUCUGGCAGCCCGAUGUCGAGGUGGAUGGCUUCUCGGAGCUCCGGUGGGACGACCAGCAGAAAGUGAAGAAGACUGCAGAGGCCGGAGGAGUGGCAGGCAAAGGCCAAGGUGGAGCGGGCGGCAAGCCGGAGAAGACGCUGGGCGACUUUGCGGCAGAGUACGCCAAGUCCAACAGGAGCACCUGCAAGGGCUGCCUGGAGAGGAUCGACAAGGGCCAGGUGCGCCUGUCCAAGAAGAUGCUGGACCCGGAGAAGCCCCAGCUGGGCAUGAUUGACCGCUGGUACCACCCCGAGUGCUUUGUUGAGCACAGGGAGGAGCUGGGCUUCCGGCCCGAAUACAGUGCGAGCCUGCUCAAGGGCUUCAGCCUGCUGGCUCCCGAGGAUAAGGAAGCCCUGGAGAAGCAGCUCCCGGGAGUCAAGAGCGAAGUAAAGAGGAAAGGCGACGAGGUUGAUGGGCUAGACCAAGUGCCCAAGAAGAAACCUAAGAAAGAGAAAGACAAGCUUGAAAAGGCUCUCAAGGCCCAGAACGACCUGAUCUGGAACACCAAGGAUGAGCUCAAGAAAGCGUGCUCGACCAAUGACCUGAAGGAGCUGCUCAUCUUCAACAAGCAGCAAGUGCCCUCCGGGGAGUCGGCGAUCUUGGACCGCGUGGCUGACGGCAUCGUGUUCGGUGCCCUCCUGCCCUGCGACGCGUGCUCGGGCCAGCUGGUCUUCAAGAGUGACGCCUACUACUGCACGGGGGACAUCACUGCCUGGACCAAGUGUAUGGUUAGGACCCAGACGCCCAGCCGGAAGGAGUGGGUGACUCCAAAGGAAUUCCGAGAAAUCCCUUACCUCAAGAAACUGAAGGUCAAAAAGCAGGACCGUCUAUUCCCCCCCGAGACCAGUGCCCCAGUGGCAGCAGCACCGCCGCCUUCCACAGCCUCAGCGCCCACUACUGUGAACUCUUCUGCCCCACCAGAUAAGCCGCUGUCCAACAUGAAGAUCCUGGCUCUCGGGAAGCUCUCCCAGAACAAGGACGAGGUGAAGGCCGCCGUCGAGAAACUCGGGGGGAAGCUGACGGGGACGGCCAACAAGGCCUCGCUGUGCAUCAGCACCAAGAAGGAGGUGGAAAAGAUGAAUAAAAAGAUGGAGGAAGUAAAAGAGGGCAACAUUCGAGUGGUGUCUGAGGAGUUCCUCCAGGACGUGGCUGCCUCAGCCAAGAGCUUCCAGGAGCUGGUCUCAGCCCACCUGCUGUCCCCCUGGGGCGCCGCCGUGAAGGAGGAGCCUGUCGAAGUCGUGGCCCCAAAACCGAAGUCGGGGGCUGCGGUCUCCAAAAAGAGCAAAGCCCCCGUCAAAGAGGAAGGAAACAACAAAUCUGAAAAGACAGUGAAAUUAACUCUUAAAGGAGGGGCUGCUGUUGAUCCUGAUUCUGGUCUGGAACGCUCUGCGCACGUCCUGGAGAAAGGCGGGAAGGUCUUCAGUGCCACGCUGGGCCUGGUGGACAUUGUUAAAGGAACCAACUCCUAUUACAAGCUGCAGCUCCUGGAGGACGACAAAGGAAGCAGGUGUGUUCUGGGGCGGGGUGUUCGGGGAGCUGUGCUCCAGCGGAGGGUGGGCCCGCUCUGCUGUGCCGUCAGCCUCAGGACCCGUGUGUUCUCAGUGCCUGGGCCUUCAGUCCCCUCACAAAGAGCGUGGGGUGUCGUGAGGCUUUCGGUGAGAGAGGAAGGACGCCCCCUGCCUGAUGAAGAGGCGGUGAAGAAACUGACAGUGAACCCUGGAACCAAGUCCAAGCUCCCCAAGCCGGUGCAGAACCUCAUCAAGAUGAUCUUCGACGUGGAGAGCAUGAAGAAAGCCAUGGUGGAGUAUGAGUCCCUCCGUAACAUACCUGUUUCCCCAAAGGAUGAAGAGGCGGUGAAGAAACUGACAGUGAACCCUGGAACCAAGUCCAAGCUCCCCAAGCCGGUGCAGAACCUCAUCAAGAUGAUCUUCGACGUGGAGAGCAUGAAGAAAGCCAUGGUGGAGUAUGAGAUCGACCUUCAGAAGAUGCCCUUGGGGAAGCUGAGCAAAAGGCAGAUCCAGGCCGCCUACUCGAUCCUCAGUGAGGUCCAGCAGGCCUUGUCCCAGGGCAGCAGCGACUCCCAGAUCCUGGAUCUCUCCAAUCGCUUCUACACCCUGAUCCCCCACGACUUCGGGAUGAAGAAGCCGCCGCUCCUGAGCAACGCGGACAGCGUGCAGGCCAAGGUGGAAAUGCUGGACAACCUGCUGGACAUCGAGGUGGCCUACAGUCUGCUCAGAGGAGGGUCUGAUGACAGCAGCAAGGACCCCAUCGAUGUCAACUAUGAGAAGCUCAAAACCGACAUUAAGGUGGUGGACAAAGAUUCCGAGGAGGCCAAGAUCAUCAGGAAAUACGUUAAGAACACGCACGCGACCACACACAACGCCUAUGACCUGAAAGUCCUCGAGAUCUUUAAGAUCGAGCGUGAAGGAAAACCAGCGCGCUACAAGCCCUUCAAGCAGCUGCAUAACCGGAGGUUGCUGUGGCACGGGUCCAGAACCACCAACUUCGCCGGGAUUCUGUCCCAGGGUCUCCGGAUCGCCCCGCCGGAAGCGCCUGUGACGGGCUACAUGUUUGGCAAAGGGAUCUACUUCGCCGACAUGGUCUCCAAGAGCGCCAACUACUGCCACACGUCCCAGGGAGACCCGGUGGGCUUGGUCCUCUUGGGAGAGGUUGCCCUGGGGAACAUGUAUGAGCUGAAGCACGCUUUGCACGUCAGCAAGCUGCCCAAGGGCAAGCACAGUGUCAAAGGUUUGGGCAAGACGACCCCUGACCCUUCUGCUAGUAUCACCCUGGAUGGGGUGGAGGUUCCUCUCGGGACUGGGGUCUCGUCUGGCGUGGAUGACACGUCCCUGCUGUACAACGAGUACAUUGUCUACGACACGGCUCAGGUGAACCUGAAGUACCUGCUGAAAGAGUGCCGGGGGGAGGCCGCACUGCCCUGCCGAGUGGAGAACACCAACCACCACCCUGGAAAGCACCGCGUCAGCUGGUCGGACGCACUGGGACGGACCCCGCAGCACAGGGUUCUGCGGAGGCUGUGA